ACGCUGUUUAUGGUUACACGGCGGAAGAAAAAAAUGUGAUGACUGUAGUUUAUAGAGUUGCCGUUGACGUUCGGUUAUUUUGUUCUUGUGUGACGGCCUUGUAGGCCGUAGGGGGUGGUCACGAAUGUAUUCUCUACGCGUACUUGGUCUGUACCUCGUCUAAACGAACGAUUGACUAGCACCCAACUCAACAGAUUAUUCACUCCUUUAUUGACAACACAACGAUGAAGUGACUAUAGGAUGUAGAGAGGGAAAUUUGUAUUCUUAUAUAAUUUGUACACACACGUGGCAAGAAAAAACAUACACACACGUGGCAAAAAAACGUACACAAGAAAAAAGGGCGAUAUUGCGAAACCUAACUCGCCUGUCCACGUGAUUAAAGGGUCGAUAAGAUGUGGACAGGCGUUUUCUAACACACCACGAACAGGAAAUUGUGUCAAAGCUUACUGAUUAAGACGUAAGCACAAUAGUUUACCAGGACAUUGUUAACUGAUGUGCAAGCGUGUAAUAUUAUCCAAUUUAAAAACCUCAGUAAAUUUGGAGUGAAUUAAAGUUAAAUCUACCGCUUUCACGCGACGGUCGCUAUACAGUCUCAACGACAGGAAACAGGGGUUAUGUUUCAUGCACCUCGAACUCACGCAGCUUACAGUCCUAUAAACACAUAUAUCGAGUAUAUUGUGGUUUAAUUUGGAUAAACUUCAUCAUUAAAUCUGUGACGACGGCACUGGUAAAAAUUAUAAGUGCUUAACUUGCAUUCUUGCGGCAUAAAUACACAUGGUGCCUUUUUCUUCGCCCAGACGCUAUAUGCCAAUAACGAGUACAAGACAAUAAUACGAGAGCGAGUUCGUCUUAUUGACCAAGCUCUGUUGCUGUAUAACAGAUGUUGUUUCACAGCAUAUUAUAGACUACAGAGCAACAGCAGAUGUAUACAUGGUAAGUGACAGUUUAAGGCGCUCCAAUUGUUGACAGCAUAUGUACCAUUAGCAUACAUUAGAACGGUUUGUACAAAUUGUUCCUGGGAUAUUCAAUGAAUUUGACAAGAUUGAUUUAAGAGAGUUUGGUCAGCGAAUUUUAUUAUACGUUUCUUUUAAUAUUUUGAAAUAGGUACAGUGUAUCAAAGUAGAGAGACUAGAUAAUGUAAACCCCUUAGGUUGUUUUUUUCGACAAAUUUGUUUUACGGUUUCUUGGUGGUCACACAUUACUCGUGCCGGCGUCAAUCGUGAAGCUUAAUCAGAUCAGCAAAUACUUUAUUGCAAGUUAAGCAAAAUGCGUAAAGAUCAACAGGAGUCGUUGGAUGGUGGUUGGGGUUGGGUGGUUGCAUUUUCAGGAGUAAUUGUUUACAGUUUGGUGUUCGGAACAGCGAGAUGCCAAAGCACAGUACUUGUCCCAAUCAUGAACACGUUCGAAACGGAUUACUCGAGUGUGGGUUGGGUUUCAGCAAUCGUAUCUGCUGGACUUGCAAUAGGUGGUAACUGCGCAGCGCAGUUGAUGCCGCGAAUAGGUCAUCGCAAUACAAUGAUAGUUGGUGGCUUAGUUGCUGGAGUGUCUUGUGUUAUUGCUUCGUUCUCUGUGUCAAUGCUCAUGCUAGACGUUUUUGCUGGUUUGAUUUUGGGUUUCGGAUCCGGAUUAGCUUAUGUUCCUACUCCUGUUAUCAUUGGUUACUAUUUCAAAAAACGGAGAUCACUAGCAACACAUAUUGCAAGCAUGGGUUCACCAUUGGGUUCGUUCAUAAUUUGCCCCAUGAACAAAUGGCUUGUGAACCAAUAUGGAAUUCAUGGAUAUUAUUUAAUAAUGGGAGGCGUAUAUUUCAAUCUGUGCAUUGUCGGUGCUCUAAUGAGACCUAUCGAACUAUCGUUACGUUUGGCCAAGCGACGUCCUCAGAUUGAGAGCGAAGACGAUUCAAAAGCUCACGAAACUGAGUCAGUUGAUUUAAAUAUAAACCAUUCCUCCGACGUCGAAGUAAAAGCUACCAUAAAAAAAACCGAGAGUUCGUUUAAACAGCUGAUUAAAAACAAACCCUUUCUCGUACUGGUUCUGUCGCAAAUAAUUUUGAUGACAGGAUAUUCUACUUUCCAGUUAUACAUUGCACCGUAUGCCGAGUUACAGGUGAAUAUUGAUCCUAUAAAAGCGUCAAUCUUGUUUUCAAUUACUGCUGCUGUUGACAUACCAUCACGAAUCAUUUUCGGACUAAUUGGCGAUUUAAAAGGAGUUAAUUGCAUUAUUACGUAUGGAUUCGACCUCAUGGGAAUUGCAAUGUGUAGCUUCCUUUUUACUUUCACAACUUCAUUUACCGGACUUGCAAUAGUCGCCGCUCUUUUGGGAGUAUUUUUGGGUGGUCUAAGCGGACUGUUCUACGUGAUUUUAGCCGACAUUGUGGGCUUAGCAAAUUAUGGAACAGCGAUUGGCAUCGUUAUAAUUUUGAAUGGGGUCGGGACUCUUCUUUCGCCUCCUUUAGUUGGACUCGCUGUAAACAGCACAAACAAGCCAAGUACAGCAUUAUAUAUCAGUGGCGGUUUUAUUUUCGUGAGUUCUCUUCUUACGCUACUAGUUCAGGUUGUUAUUUCUUGGCAAAAAAGAAACAGUAAGCAAAAUAUAAGAGAGUAACACGUCACUGUGAUUGCCUAUUAUGUGCUUUUGAACUAAAUCUAUUCUCAUUUUUACUUUGGUAAAUGAAUUUAAAUACAAUAUAGAUAAAUAAUUAGCA